AUGGAUGUGCAAACAUCAGAUCAUGAUUUGUUUGUUGAACAAUUUUUAUUAGAAGAUGAAAGUAAUACUAUGCCAUUACCAGAUAUUGAAUCUGAUCCCCAACUUUUAAUUUCGAAGGUUCGUAAAUACUACAUGGAGUAUAUUAUAAGACUUCUCUCAACUAACUAUGAAACACAUCAAAAAUUAGUCAACAAAAACAUAUAUCUUCCUAGUGCCAUAUGGAGGUGUGCUAAAAAAUUAGAAGCUACUGCAGCCCAAGCUUGUAUGGUGGUACAAAUAUACCGGAAAAAUAUUAUUUCAGUGAUAGAGGAGUUGAAAAGAGAUACAAAUAAAGGAAAAUUAAAUAAAAAAUUAUAUAAUUGUCUUAAUAAACCACCAGAAAACAGUAAAAAAACUCAAACACCAAGCACAUUUAUAAAUAAUAAUUGUCAAUGUGCCUAUAGUAAACGUAAAAGACACGGAAUGUCUGAAUCACCAAAAAAUUUUGAAAAGCAAAUGUCUAAUAUAAGUGAUAAAAUUAUUAAUAACGGUAACAGUAUGUCUACUACAACUUAUGUGUCUAUUAAUACUCCUUGCCCCAUGCAGACAGAAAGUGAAACAGUAACUCAAGUUACCAGUUCCACAACAAUGCCCAUGCUCAGCAAAAGAAUGUCAGUUGAAUCUCAAGAUUCUGACGAGUUAAUGAUGCAGCUAGAAAAACUCUUCCAAGGAGACACCAAUGAUGACAAUGACUUAUUUGAUAGUGCACUUUUAUUCGAAAGUAAAACAGAGACAGUUCAAGAAGAUCAUACUAAAAUAAGUUCUAAUGUAGUGGAUAGCAAUCUUAAUAACAACCAGGAUUCCAUUAUUGAAAAUCAUGCUGCCCAAAUAAAAUCUUUAGAUGAGAGGCUUGCUAACUUAGCAGGACUAUUGGUAGCCAAUGAUCUUCCAGUACAAAAGACUGAAGUACAAAAACAGAGAAGAAGAGUAACAAGCAAAUGGAUAUGUGAAGAAUAUUUCUUAAAACAAAAGUUACAUGAUUUGCUGGACCAAAUUGGUGACAGAGAUAGAAAAGAACUAGAAAAGAUAAAGCAAAAAUUUGUGCAAUUAUUUGGGGCUGACAGUGAUGAAGAAGAAAUUUUGUCUCCUUUAGAUGAGACAAAUGAGUUUAUCACCAGUUGUAAAGAAAGAAUAGCACCAUGGGUGGUGAAACUUCUAACGCCUUAUUAUGUUAAGGGCCAUAUUAAGGGAAAAUCAAUAUUUAAGGCUCUGGCUAAACAUUUAAUAAGGCUUAUUUAUCAGUGUAGCAGAUAUCCAGAACAGUAUGAGGUAACCAGUUUCGUGUCGGAUUUCUUGAAAAACCACAAAACAAUAAGGUGUGAGGCAGACUUUAAAGAAUUCAGGAUUGAAAAUAUUUAA